AGAAUGUUGCUCUUUAAAAAUAUUAUUUUCCUAUUAUUUUUCAUUUUUUUCCUCUUAAAAACAACAUUUUCUAAAGGAGUUUCAUUUAAUUCCAAAAGCACAGAUUACGACCCUUUUCAACUUACACGUGAAGAAUUGCUCCAAUUAAACGAAGAUUAUGACCCCGGUUACGAAGAAGAUGUUGGGAAAUUUGUUGGAGAUUUUUUUUCCGAUUCUUCUAGUCAAUUAAUAAUUGAUUUGGAUUUAUUUAAACAAUUAUGGAAUGAAUUGAAUGAAAUGAGACAGGCAGCUAUUGAUGGGGAUGUUGAUUAUAUUAGAGAUAUUAUCAAAUUUUUAGAGCCAAUAACCAAAUAUGAUAUUUCCGCGCCAUGUCUAUCAGAUUUAACUCAUUUCCUUAUGACUAUCUAUAAUUAUGCAGUAACUGCAAAUUCGGCUAGUAAAUGUAAUAAUUGUAGCUGUACAGAAGAAUAUAGAGAAGAAUUUAGAAAAUUUCAAUGGAUUUUUGAUGUUGUCGAUGCUAUGGGAAAGGUUCCAGCAGCGGUUGUUUCUGGAAAUAACUUAUGGACGGGUUCAUGGGCAACUUGCCGUAAAAUAUCUGCAAGCAAGAAUAAACAAGGACAAUUAUGGCAAGGUCAGUAUUGCAUGGCACGUUUUCAGCCCUACAAUCGACACAGCCCUUUAAAAGCUUUUUCUGGCCAACCAACUGAUCCUACUGCAGUGUGCAGGUAUACACUGACAAAUGAGGAUUUUUAUUAGGCAAAUGACCGAUACUGUAUAAGAUGAAUGAACUUGAAAAGCAGUACUUUCAAGUGGGAUUGCAUUAAGAAUCUAGAGGAGAAUCAUAUAUAAAAUUUACAGACUUCGAAAAAAUUUCCCCGGAAAGUCGAAAAAGUAGUACCUGUUAGACAGGUCGAAAAGUUUCCGAAAACAUCAGAAUUUCGAAAAAUGCCGAAACAUGUCAACUGAGUG